AUGUUUGCCUGUCGUCGGCUACUGGGACUAACGGCAGUUGGUGCCCCGACACAUGUGAGAUUCAAUCACAGUAACAACUCCACAGAAUCAACACGAGACACCGACAAAACCGCUGCCUCUGUGGGUGACCCUUCAAAAGUAGUUUCUUCCGAUUCCGCUCAAAAGCUGAAUCUUUCCUUAAGGCUCACGGAUGCGGAUUUCGGCGCGAUGGUGAAGGCCACGAAAGCGGCCAUGGCUAAGGAGAGAUUGUGGAGGGACCUGACGGUGGGAAGUGAAGUGGAUAUCUCUAGUGAAUCAGGUCCUAAUGUAGCGAUUAUCCCCAAACACACAGUUCUGCCUAAACCCCUUGGAGACAGAUCCAGUUGCUUUACAACGGUGGCUGCGGAGCCCCAGGGAGCGAGGGUAGAUUUGUCAGGUGAUACAAGAGACAAUGUGUUGGGUAAUGACAAUCCUAUGAGCUCUACGGUUACAAGCGCGGUUCAAGAUCGGACUUUGACACCUGGAGUGCGUUAUGGAUUGAUGGACACGCUACGGGACUGUCUCAUUUCUGGGGAUUGGCCAAAGUCGAUGCGCAUGUUUGAGUCGGCGAUUCAAACUGCCUGCAAUAAUGGUAAGGGCGCAGAGACUUCGUUUACCGCCAUGAGGAGCAGUGACAGUGUAAUAAACAAUGAAAUGCUUGAGGGGUUGCACCGUUUUAACGCUACGACGCCAGUAGGAAGUUUUGCAAUGAAUCUGGAGCGAUAUCGCGGCAUACUUCGAUGGAGUGGUGGCCACUACUACUUACUGAUGAAGUUGCUGCUUAGCAGACACCGCAUUGAGGAGGUGGAAAGGGUGUGGGAUGUGAUGAAACGCAUCGGUUACGUAGAAUAUCGCAUGAAUGAGCGGACGUGUAACCAGUUAAUAGCUUUGUGUCGCACAGAUACAAAACAGGAUAUUGUGUCUCCACUUCUACAUCCCACGAAGGAAACACAUAACCGUGAGAAGGAGUUUCGCACCUCAUUAGUACUGGAGUUAGAAAACUGGGCGGAGAAAAAACAUGUAACGCUUAGUGGUCGCAACGAAACCACUGCACGGGUAGCCAGAGUCGCACACAUGCUGAGGUCCGAGGGUUCUAAAGAUGGGAAGGACGAAGCAGUGGGUUCUAUUGGUCAUGGGCUCAGGGUAGGUGACUUUUCCGGUCUUCUGCGGCGAUGCAAUAGUGAAGAAUCAACUGCACGUGUACUCCAAAUGAUGGAGAAACUGAAUGUUCCACGUGAUGGCCAAAUAUACAGUGCCCUCAUAGCCGCGCUUCGGCAACCGCAUUAUCAACUGUGCGGCAGUGAAGAGAAUUUGUCUCAAUCUGAUGGAACAAAAGAAGCAUACGAUGCGCAUCGCAAGAGGCGGCUUAAGCGUGCGCGACAGUGGUACGACGAGUGCCCUGAGGAAUCCCGUACCAUUGAUGUUUGCAACGAGAUGCUUCUUAUUACACGCGGUGGGAGUGCUGAGGAUGUGGAUUAUGCCAACCUCCUCACGGAUAUCCGUGGCACCCCUUUGACUAUUUUAGGUUCUGAUGAUACUGGGAGUGACACCAUUGCAUUUUCGAAAAAUGAGGGGCGAAGUAGACCGCAAAUUCCUGUCCCAAGGUGGAGAAUUCCACCGAACGGAAGGACGUAUGAAGUAAUGGUUUUGCAUUGCAGGCACCAUGAAGAAUGGCCUGUUGUGUGGGCGUUGUAUGAUGAGAUGAUGGAGCGGAACGUCAAGGGGACGCAACGCCUGUAUCAGAUGCUGCUGGAAAUUGUGCAGCGGCACCCUCCUUGUGGACGGGACAGAAACACGGUGGUUUUAGAACUGUACGAAGAUAUGAAGCGCUUCGGUUUGGAUGUGACCGAUAUCAAGAGUACAGCUAGUGUCGUGAAUUCUUGGUGUGCUACGCGACGCAAAAGACGGUGGUAA